AUGUUCUUUGUCUCGCCACCCCCUAGUUCACCCAAACGACGACAUAUAUUCACAAGUCUCAAAACUCGAAACACAGACCAGAAGCCCGCCGCGUGUAUAAAAAGGGCUGGAAAUCUCCCCUCUUCUUCUCUUCCUCGAAUCCCCAAGAAAAACAGACAGCUCACCUACCUCCUCAUCCUCCGCUUCCCCUCGACACCUUCGACAAGCAAGCAGAGGUUGACUGGCGCUGGAGCCGCUGCGGGCACAUCACACAGACCACCGAUUGGUGUCCCUUCUCCCUCACCUCCAGGACUCCCGGCCGCGACUGCCCGGAGUACUGGUUCCGGCUUCGGCACAGGCAGGGCUUCUGCCCAGCUUGUGCGAGGAGGAGAUGGAGUUGGCUUUGUGGGUUGGUGUAGACAAGACCUUUUUUCAGAUAGGUGGGUUGGGAUGGGAUGA